CCGUUACUGUGUGAGCGUGAUGGCGGCCGGGCCUGCAGCGCGCGGCCUGCUGCUCCUUGGGGCUGUGCUGCUCCUUGGGGCUGUGCUGGGCGCUGCCCGGGCCGUGGUGUAUUUCCAGGAGCAGUUUCUGGAUGGAGGCGGUUGGCGGCAGCGCUGGGUGAGCUCUGAGUCCAGGCCGGACCUCGGCACUUUCCAUCUCUCUGCUGGGAAGUUCUACGGGGAUCCUGUGAGAGACAGAGGUCUACAAACAAGGGAAAACUCCAAGUUUUAUGCCAUCUCCUCAAGAUUUAAACCAUUUAGUAACAAAGGGAAGACUCUGGUCAUUCAGUAUACUGUGAAACAUGAACAGAAGAUUGACUGUGGUGGGGGAUAUAUAAAGAUUUUUUCCUCAGACUUGGAUCAGAAGAAUCUGAGUGGAGCUUCCCCUUACUACAUCAUGUUUGGGCCAGAUAUUUGUGGAUCUGAGACAAAGAAAGUCCACGUUAUUUUAAAUUACAAGAAUAAACUUCACCCAAUCAAGAAACCAAUCAGAUGUAAGGUCGAUGGAUAUACACAUCUGUAUACUUUAAUCAUAAGGCCAGAUCAGACUUAUGAAGUGAAAAUUGAUAAUGAAGUGGCUGCUUUGGGCAACUUAGAGGAUGAUUUGGAUUUCUUGCCACCAAAGAAAAUUAAUGAUCCAGCAGUGAAGAAACCCAGCGACUGGGAUGAUCGAGCCCACAUUGCUGAUCCAAAUGACAUCAAACCUGAGCAUUGGGAUGAACCUGAGUAUAUUAUGGAUACCAGUGAUGAGAAACCAGAGGACUGGGAUCAUACGGUGCAUGGGGAGUGGAGAUAUCCUAUGGUCAAGAAUCCUCUAUACAAAGGAGAGUGGAAACCAAGGCAGAUUGAUAACCCGAACUAUAGGGGAGUUUGGCCUCACCCACAGAUUGACAAUCCACAUUACUCACCUGACUUCAAUAUCUACAGCUAUGAAAACAUUGGUGCCAUUGGACUAGAUAUCUGGCAGGUGAGAGCUGGCACAAUUUUUGACAAUUUCUUGAUAACAGAUGAUGAAGAUUAUGCAGAAGACUUUGGAGAUGAAACAUGGGGAGAAACAAAGGAUCCCGAAAAGGAAAUGAAUAUAAGGCAGGCUGAAGAGGAGCAGCAGAGAAAAAGGGUCGCAGAAGAAGAACACUUUGAUCAGUGGUUCAAGAAAAAACAAAGGGGGAAAAGAGAAUCUCCAACAGAUAGAAUAAUGAAGAGGCCUAUCAAGAAACAGGAGUUUUAAUUGUUUGAAAGAUGCUCACGUUGCUUUAUAAGGACUUUGUGUUUUGUCUGCACUGCUGAAGCUGUGUUAACGGGCUGUUUUUAAUGGUAACCUUAAAUUUGUGAACUCUUUCAGUUACUUUUCAGACAAAUAUCAUAAUAUAGUUAUUAAACUGGCUACUAGAAAGGGUAACUUCUAUUAACUACAUCUCAGCUGUGUUAAGAUACCCAUUUGGUUUCAGUGUUUUAAAACUCUUACAUUUUUUUUUCAUGAUUUGAUAUUAAAUAAAAUUCAUGUUAACUUUUGA